AAAAUAUAUAACUCUAUCAUGAUCCUACAGGAAAAAUCAUUGUUUUAAAAACUAUUGUAAUAUUUUAUUUCGCUUAACUUCUCAACAAUAAAUCAUAUUUGUUAUUGAACAUAUAAAUACAUACAUGAAUAAUCACAGAUGCUUUAGAAUGCAGUACGAGGACACAACGUUACAUGCAAAUAUAAAAUUAAAGAUAAAUGCAUUGCAUGAAGAGGAUACUGAUUACAUAAUUGAGUUGCCACGUCAGCUACUGAAAGUUUAUAACGUAGAAGAAAAUACUGUUGUUUCUUUGUGGGAAUUAGCAUUGAGAAAAAUUUAUACCGAAAGGUAUAAACAUACACUUAAUAUUUCUGUAUCACCUAUAAAUAUCAAUGUUCAAUAUGAACAAAUCGCGACAAAGAACUGCCAUAAACUUGAUUUUACAAUGCAUUCUAUUAAUUAUGCUUCAUGUAACUUGUUCACAAAUGGCCCAGCUAGCAUUUGCGUAAAUUCUCGAUGUCAACAGCCAAUCUUCGCAGAAGCUUGGAUUAUUGUUGGAGUUAGUCAUUAUAUAGAGUCUAUAACAACAGUUGCAUUAUGCUGCUGUAAAAGAUGUGCUUUCGAAUUUUCUAAAGAAUCCAACAUGACAGUGAGAUACAAAUGGCAUUGUAUAAAUUAACUAUAUUUUGUUUUAAAAAAUUCUGUAAAUAGUAAAAUAAAAGAGUUUAAUGUCUUUAAAUUAAA